GAUCAAAAAUAAAAGUCGUAAAAAAGCGAGCAUAGAACGGUUCCCUCCAGCGAGCACCAUUAAAAUCACACAUUACACGGUGCAAAACCAACAAUAAAAGUGUAACGUACCAAAAAAAUAUACCAAAUAGAAUGCGUUCGUCCGCCUUGGUUCCAUUCCGCUAUAAAAACCCACCCAAGCAAAGUCCGUAAUUCCGUUCCGUCCCGAUAUAAAAUAUGAAAGACUGGGCAAAAUUUCGGCCCUCCGAGCGCUUGCUCGGGCCCCGUCGGGCAGACUCGGCCGCGCUCGGCGCGCCGUAGCGGCAGUUUCGCAGCGAUCGCCAACCUAACCCUACGUCGCGGCACGUAUUAACAAUUCACAGCAAAUCGAACCUUACUACCCCGUGAUAGUGUGUUCAAUAUUGUGAUUUAUCAAGUGUUAUCUGUUUUACAAUUAGUGGUGUACUUAAGUGUUUCUUGAGACGGAUCGCCGCAUGGAGUCGCAGAGCGUUCGGUGUUGAAAAAUGGUAAAACAUAUCAAGUAGACAUCCGCCUGGCAGUCAAGACAGCAGUUAUUUAAAGAUGAGAUGGCGAGUGGCCGGCGGGAUGGGCGUACCGCUUGCUACUGCUGUCUUCUUCAUGCUGCCUCUUUUCACAUCGCCUACAGGAGAUAUACGACAUCACGGCACAUCUCGAGCGCGCGGCUGGCGCGCCGGCGCUCAGCCCUCCACCGAAGUGGCGGCUAACAAUUCUGUCAGCAAUAUCACAGCGCAGCUGGGGGGCACUACGUAUCUACACUGCCUUGUGGGACACCUUAGUGAAAGAGGGCAAGUGUCCUGGAUCAGAAAAAGGGACUGGCACAUUCUGAGCUCGGGGAAGUUCACGUACACCAACGACGAGAGGUUCCAGGUCCUACACGGUUAUGACGGCGAGGACUGGACGCUACAAAUCAAGUUCGUGCAGAAAAGAGACAACGGCACCUAUGAAUGUCAGGUGUCAACACGAACCGGCAUCGUGUCGCAUUACGUGCGGCUUCAAAUAGUGGUGCCCGAAGCCUUUAUACUUGGCUCGGGAGAGCAUCACGUGGAUAUGGGCAGCGUCAUACACCUCAUAUGCAUCGUUGAGAAGAGUCCAACACCCCCUCAAUACGUGUUCUGGUACCACAACGACCGCAUGAUCAACUACGACGCGACGCGCGGCGGCAUCACGGUGGAGACGGAGCCGGGUGCGCGUACGCAGAGCAGAUUAACUGUGCGCGACGCCACGCUGAAGGACUCCGGGAACUAUACGUGCAGCGCGAGCAAUACGGAGCCGGCUAGCAUACACGUGUUCGUGUCGGAGGGCAGCAACAAAAUGGCUGCGAUACUCCGACGGAACGAGAGCGCCAUCACGGGCAUCGCGUCGAGCGUGACGUGCAUGCUGCUGCUGGCGUCCGUGCUGCUGCAGUGCGGCCUGCGAUGACGGAGCGAGGCGCAGGAGUAGGCUACAGUGUCCUUUAGGUUAGACCGAGCGUUGUGGAGUAAG